CGUACAAGAUUGCAAAUAGUAAUGGCUCCGCCCACAUACAAGUUGGUUGCUUUUUGUACUAUUGAAGUUUAAAACGACGUUCUGUGAUCAACACAUUACAUUAAAAUUGACAGCAAUCGUAUAAGUUUAGUCUUGCUUACAGCAGUCCUGGUUUAAAAUGUAACCAUCGACGCUAUAAUAAAGGCGGAACGAAUCGAUUUUCAUAACAAACAAGGGCAUCACAAGACAGAAAAGCCCAUGUGACAUGACGACGCAAAAGCCAACACGGAAGUCACCAGUAAGCAGCUGGAACACGCAGUGAGACUGUACUUGACACGGCGGUUUGUCGAGCACGGAAGGACGUUGUCGUUUUGAGCAUGUUAUGGAUUGUAAAUGUGUGACUGGUGGAUAGAUGAGAAGAUGGUUCACGUGUACAACUGCCACCCGUUUGCAUCCCAGCAGAUUGUGCCCACAGACCAGGAGCCCGGGUUGUUCUGCUGCGGAGGCGAUGCUCUGUUCGUGGUGUCUGCGGGAGGGUGUAGAAUCGAGGUGUUUCAGCUGCAGGAAGAGGAAGAAUGCACACUUCUUUGCAGAUUUGCAACGAUGGGGAAAGUGCUGAGCAUCGCCCACAGUGGAAUAGGGGACUAUCUUGUUACAAUCGAAGAGAAGAGCAAAGCCACUUAUUUACGGGCCUACACAAACUGGAGGUACCAGGCUGUAGAAAAAACAAGGGUGGCUGUCCGCAUGCUGGGGCACUUUCUGAGUGGCUCAUCCUUUCGAGUAGCCCCCAAAGAGCAGAUGGAAAUCAUUGAGAUUCCCCUCUACGACCCUCCCCUGUGCUUUUCAUGCUGUCCUGUCACAGGUCAUCUUCUCGUGGGCUGCAGAAAGAGCUUGGUUGUCUUCAGCCUAAAGAAACAGGAUCUGAACGAUCCGCUGUCUGUUCUCGAUUUUGAGCGGUCCCUAAUUAUGCAUGUGCCGGGCUGGACUCCCUCACAGGUCUGUUUCUGUGACGGUUACGUGGCUAUACAGAUGGAACUGGAAAUUUUAGUAGUAAAACUGGAACACUUUCAUCAACAGCCUACAAAUGACAAUGUUCCUGUGCCCAAGGAUAUUAAUACUUCCAUAGAUAUUGAAGAGAAAGGUAUCUACCAUUAUCAUUCAGGUCUGAUGAGAGAAGCGGCCCAGACUGACAUCUCCCAACUGGAGCAGGAUGAUUUCUAUGUCUGUCAGAAAAACCAGGAGCUGCUAGGAGAGGAGGCACGGGAAUGUGGAGUGUCGGUCACACUGGAGCGGACAGGCAUGGAACUUGAGGCUGGAGACAUUGAAGUGUCGUACGUUCUGUACAGACGUUUUGCUCCUGAUUUUUUUCAGGGUCAUACUGUAGAGGAGACACAUUUACAUUCUCUUCAGUUGCUGCCCAUUUUUACUGUAACCAGCAGCCAGGAUCUUUCCUGUGAAAAGAAAGAGGGAGAGCCUCUGAGCAUGUUCUGUUUUAUCUCGCUGCCAAACACUGGCUACCUGUACAGCAUCAGAAACGGUGUGGAGCUGACCUCCACUUACCAGUAUCCAGAAAAGGCACAGCAGGCCGUGCUUAGCAAUCAGUUCCUGCAUGUCAUCACCAGAAACGCCUUGCAGUGCUUUACAGCGAGGUGCAGCGCAGUAGCAGCCCGCACUGAGGAUCCCUACAUUGACACAACCAUGAAGGCCUGCCCUCCCUUUACAAUGGACGUUUGUGCGCUCCGGAUACAGCUGUUCAUUGGACUGAAAGCCCUGUGCCACUUUAAAAACCACGUUGUCCUGCUCACUAAAGCUGCUGUUGAUGGCGAUGGAGAGAGUGGAAGGGGGCCAAAAAAGGCACAGUCUAGAAAGUCAACCAGUACAAAGCAAAAGGUGUCUGAAAGUGGCCACGGAUGGAAUCUGUAUAUUGUGAAUACUGUUUCAACACUUCACCUCUACAGUGAAAUGGUGGAGUACAGUAAGAAGUACGAGACCAACAGCCCCCAAGCUCAGAGCUGUAUCCAUCUCCUGAGUGAGGCCCACCUGCUCCUGAGGGCGGCUCUCCUGGACCCUGCAGUGAGAGAUCCAGCACGAGGGGAGCUAGAGGCAGCGUUCAAGGAGAGCUGUGCUCAGCUCGGAGACUGUUACAGCAGGUUUGAUAAAAGAGAUUUUCAUCUUGCCCUUCCCUACUACAAGAUGUCUGGUCUGUCAGUGACGGAAGUCAUUGAGAGAAAUGUUACGUUUUCACAGAAAUCCCAAAGCUUUGGAAAAGGAUUUCUGUUUUUUUUGAAGCACUCCCUUUAUGAGGAGUCAAGCGAAGAACUAAGUGAAGAGACCGCAGGACAAGUUUUGCACAUCUUCAGCACAGCAGAACCCAGCCAGCUGCCCCAUGUUGUAUGCAGUCCAUGCAUGCUUCAUGCAAACCAUGCUACUGCGUUUGCCAGUCUGGAGAAGCUGGAGUCAACGUUACCCUCUGUGGUCGUUACACUGACCAAAGCGGCCAUUGCACUGAAAAUGGAGAACCUGCAACAGUACAAAACAGAAAUGGGGUGCCAUACAGAGAUGCUGCAAGUCUAUGGUUUCAUUGAAGAGCCAAAGCUGCUGCUGCUGAAUCGUGAAGGUAAAUCCAUUGAACCCACUUCGCUGGCACACCAUCUGAAAGAGACGCAGGAGGGGCUGCUGGUGGCUUCGGCAGUAGCACUGCAUGAAAAUAACAAAAUGACGCUGGAGGAGGCAGAUACAUUCUUCAAGGAGCUCUCCAGAGAGACUGGGGAUGAGAAAGCUGGCCCUCAGCUGUUAGUUGAUUUUUGGGAAGCACUCUUAGUGGCUUCUACCCAGGAAGCAAUAAUCCAGGAGCUCCUGUUUAAACUGUCAACAGUGUAUAUUGAUCGAAUAUCCACUAAAGAGAACUCUGGCAUAAAGCCACUAAAAACAGCAGAAGAUCUGAUCAAUUCUUGCUCUCACUAUGGAUUGAUUUUCCCAUGGGUGAGUGUUAUAACCCCGUCUGUUUUUAACAUGGAUCGCCAUUACCAGGAAGACUUGCAAAAAUUACAGUCUUUGUUAAGCGGUCCCUCUCUUGAUCCAUCAUCAAUAUUUCCUUUACUGGAGCAACUGUCUGAUAACGAGAGCCCUGGGCUCAGUAUACAUGUUCUCUGUGCCACAAAACUGGGAGACCAUGAGAGCUGCAUUGACAAGCUACUGGAGAGAUGCCCACAAGCCAUUAUACCAUAUGCAAACCAUGAGCUUCAGCGUGAAAAACAGCCUCUUUGGUGGCAGAAGGUUUUGCCUGAACUUUGUAAAAAAACUAAAUAUGAGGGGGAUGAAAGCAACACUUUCUUGUCUUCACUGAAAGAAACAUUAUUGGUUGUUGCCAUGGAGCUGGACCCCCUGGAGUUCCUGAAUUUGAUACCAGAUGAUGGAACAGCAGCAUUUUUUGUGCCUUAUGUGCUUGAAUGCAGUCAGAAGAAUUUGGUGACGUGAAGAAAACUGCCCGCUAUUGAAACAAUUGUUUGUAACACCAAAACAAAAAAAGCACUACAGCAAGGUUCAUAUAAUAGCUAAAUGAACCGUACAAGCAUUCACUGGUAUUGACCCGGGAUAAAUUCACUCCAUGGCUGUACAUCUAGGGAGUCCAUCCCUUCAGUUCAUAGAGUGCUGCUGAUUAACAUUGAUUUCUUGCUGCUACACCCAAGUUCUGUAAUCAAUAUAUCAUAAUU